CAUACCAGGUAUAAAAUCAUUAAAUCAACGGAACUGAUUCUCCCCCUCUCGUACUGUCUGAUUGGGCAAAGCUCUGCUCAACCCAGCAAAAAGAUGUGUCGAUUUUACGAGAUGAUGGUACGUGAAACACAGAAAUUUGCCAGUUUCAGGUUCCAAAUGAAGGAGCGAACAGUUCGGCGAGACCAAUGCAAGCGCUUUUGGAAGAACACCACCCAGGGGAUUUUUCUAAUCCUUUGCCUGGGCUGGUUUUUUCUUAAGAUGUACCAGAGCUACAAUGAGCUCAUUUCCCAGCAUGUUGGGACUCAGGUUCAACUUGUUGGUAAUCGUGAAGUGGAUCCCCCUGCAAUUACCAUUUGUCGGCCUUCAACCUUGACCUAUUCAGCCAAGGCAUUAAAGGCCCAUGGACUCUACGUUGGAAAAGAGGAAACCAUUGAGGGAAUGGAACGUGUAGAGGAGAAUAACGAACUAAUGAGGGAUGUCUUGGAAUCAGCUUGGAUUCCACAUGAUGAGUUGAACAAUGGAUUUGCACUUUUCGACGAAGUGGCCUUCAUCAAUUAUGGUUACUAUGGCGAUAAAGCGAUUUGGAUCAAUAGCUCCUUAACAAGCGAGAACUCCCCCUUCGUUUAUUGGCACUCCAUCCUUCAUCCAUAUUAUGGCCAGUGUCAAUCGCUGAUCGUAAAAAAGGACAUCUUGGCCGACUUAAGAUCCAGUUUGAGUCUGAUUCAGAUUCAUUUUAUGCAAGAUAUUAUGGAGGCGUCAAUCCCAAGUUGGCUCAUAUUUCUGCACACACCUAAUGCCUUUGGACACCAAAUGGAGGUAUUGAGGAUCUUCACAGGACGUCUCUACGAGUUUGAUGUUGAACCAAAGAUCAUCAAACACGUGUCCAGGGUGAACAAACCUUGCAAUGACGAGAUUGAUUACAAAAUGGAGGAGUGCCUUUUUCAAUGUUUGGAGGUGGAAUACAUUAAAAAGUAUGGAUGUCGAAGCCCCAAGAUUGCCAUAACCGGGAACGCGUCCCAAGGAGUCCUUGACUGCACAUCCAAGGAUUAUCGGAACAUUUAUCCAGACAUAAACUCCGAUGAAAUGGUUUUGGGUCUGUCUGAACUAGUGGCUGAGAUUCAAGUGGAAGAUUUUCAACGGGAUGUCUGCAAAUGCCUACCCCCUUGUGAACAACACUCAGUCACCUCUGGUGUAAACAAGGACGAAAAUUUGUUCGAAUCUUUAGACAUUGGAGCAUCCACCGUGAACUUGAAGAUGCCAAACACCGUCCACGUUUAUUCAGAGUAUGUCACUUAUUCAGAGCUCCAGUUUACAUCGGAUUUUGGAGGCUUCUUGGGCCUCUUCAUGGGUCUGUCAUUGUAUAGUCUCCACGAUUUUAUAAACAUCUUCAUCGAUUUUGGAAUUGACAUGAUACCUCACUAAUCUGAUUUGGCAUCACUGACAAUUGCCUUGUCCAAAACUGGUUGAAUCUCUCCCGCUGUUUUAUUCUGUGAAUUAUGUACUUACUUGCUAAAG